GAGAAAAUGGGAAAAACCUUUCCAUGGAAAUACCGUUUAUAGUCUCUUCCUCGCACCCGAACGCGAUUAAAGGGCGUUUCCAGGGAAACUCGUUCCACUGAGAUUCCACACAAAUCUCUUUCAUUUCAUUCCCUCCUAAUUUCAAAAUCGCCAUGAUUCUCUCCUCUCUCUUCUCACGGCGAUGGCAGGCCUCCGUAAUUUCUCGAAACUUCAGGUCCAACGCUGCAAUAGAUGCCCUGAGUAGGGCUUCUGAAGAGAAAAUAACCAAUAUAGCCCUCUACAACUACCCUUCUUUCUCCGGAGCUUUCGCUGCUCUUUUCGCUCAUCUCUACCACUCUCAUCUCAAUCUUCCGUUCCUUGUUUUGCCCUUCUCCUCUAUCGAGCCUAUCAGGGUGGAAGAUUUGAAUUUUGAAUGUCUCGAGACAUGUUAUCUUCUAGAUUUCAUUGGACCAAAAGGAUUUGUGUUUGAGCUCUCACGAAUCUUCCAAAGGGUUGUUGUCUUUGAUCACCGAAAAUCUACGGUUGCAGAAGUUCCUCGGGUAGAACAUUGUCCAGAGAAUCUAAUUCUGCAAAUCGAUGUUGAGAAGAGUAGUUCUAUUGCUGUGUAUGAUUACUUCUCAAAGAAACUAGCCGAGAUAAUGCCACCAGAGAGGGAGAUUGUAGAGCUAGUAAACCAUGAAGAUAGAGAUCGUCUGGCAACGGUCCUGAAGUACAUUGAAGAUGGUGAUCUUCGCCGCUGGGUCUUACCGGACAUAAAGGCAUUCAAUAUAGGACUCAACAAAGAGCGUUCGAAGCUGAAUUGUAUUAAUAAUCCUGAUAUGUUUGAUGAGUUGCUGCAGAUGAGUUCAAUUGAUCUAAUUGCCAAGGGAAAAUCAUACAGUUUCUCGCGCAAGGAUGCUGCAAAUAAGCUGUUGGGAAAAGCUUUCAGAAUUCGAUUGGGCAGAGGAUUCUAUGGGGAGUGUCUGGGAAUUAGGGCUGAUGGGCAUUCCGAUUUAAGCAACGAAAUCGGUGAGGAACUAAGUAUAAGGAGUGCUGCAGCUGGUCUAAGGCCUAUAGGUGCAGUUGUGUACAUGCAACGUGGUAAUCUAAAGAUGUGCUUGAGGAGUACGGAUAGUGCUACUGAUACCUCUGAAAUUGCAAAGAUGUAUGGUGGGGGAGGCUGCCAUGGUUCGAGCUCCUUUAUAAUAAGGAUGGACGAGUACAAUGAGUGGAUCUCUGUGAAUUGGACAAAGUCAUGAAGCUGUAUGAAAUCUGAUGGGUUCUUGAUUAUAAUGAGGCAGCAUGCCAUUAGUCGGCUGGUUCAUUUAAGGCUAGAGGUAUAAUUAUGUCAGGGCUUUGAAAGGAGAUAAAUAAUAGAGAUCUUUGAUGGUGUGGUGAAAGCUGUUGGGGAGAGUUGGAGAUUCUCUUAUUUUAUUUCAUUGUUCAACGACAUUCACUCAUAACUAUUUAAAAUGAGCUUUGGUAAAAGUUGAGUUGCUUGGUAUUUCAUUUAAUUCAUUUUUCCAUUAGUUACACCCACUAAAAUGCUUUUAUGGUCAAGAGAAAAGCCUUUGUUUUUUCCCUUGAUUUAUCUCUGUGUGCAAUCCACGAAUGAAAUCUCACAAAGUUUAAAAGAAUUGGAAUUUAGAUGGAAUGCAAUGAAAACUUAUAUAAGAAAAGAUUAAUAAAUUAAUGCAUCUAAAAGAAUUGAAAGACAUUUAUUUGGAUUUGUUUAUGAAAACAGAGAACCAAUGAAGCCAUAAUGAACUCGUCAGUUCUUAAAAAAGAAAAACUCUUUAAAAUCAUGGUCAUAUACGAUGCAGUCUUUUUAGGGGGAAAAAAAAGUCCACUAAUCAGUCGAAAUUCAAAAAAUGAAAAAACAGAACAACAAUGCCCAUCCUUUUAGCACCCCUCAAUCCUUGUACUUAAAUUUUUUUUGUUCUUCCACAAGAUUUCCGAACAUGCCUUACUUCGUUUGGUUGGUUGUGGUUUUAUAAGUUGUACCUUCUGACGGAAAUAGUACUUCCACACUCACAUGGAAAGUUCCAACUGAAGUACUGUGUUUGGUCUUACCCACAUAACCUUGGAUGAUCUAGACCACCCAUUCGGUGGGCCCCCAUGACGAGUGAGCAUUGCAACCAAGAAAAGAAUUGAGAAAGAUCUAUUAGGGUGAUCCUAACCACCUGAUUGAGGUCUUUCACCUGUUUAAUGUGGAGCGUUGUCUAUUUUCUUAACCCUUCUCAGCAGGUCUGCAAGACUAAAAACUCGGACCAUGCCUGAACCCAUUGAAGACAGAAAAGUACAAUUGAAUAUCAAGCAAUACAGAUUCAGGUCAACAUUUAUAAAAGUGGCUCACAUGGAAAGUGAAUCAGUAUUUCAAAUAAAAUCAACUGUCUUGAAUCAAGAGUGUCUGGAAUUCGUUGCUUCAGUCAGUUGUUUCCAUUCAGCUUGAAUGUAUGUUACCUAAUGUGGGAUAGAUGUGGGCUAUACCAUAGCUCAAGAUUACAAGUGCCAAUUGUUAAAAACAGUGCAGGACAAUUCCAUGGAUCUGCUUUCUUUGGGUAUCU